UCACUAAGGUUUUCCAUACUCUGGUGCUCACUAUGGAGUCUGUGAGGUGCUUCCUGAGGGUUUCCUUUCUUGCAUUGCUGGUUUCAGAGUCCUGUGGCUUUCCUGCCAAAGGCUCAAAGGCCACAGAUGGCGGCAGCACAAAUUCUGCAGGUUCCUACAGAACAGUGGAGAGGACCCACUCUGCACCUUUUCGGGGCUCCUUUGCAGGCGGUGUCUCUCAGCCAGUUUACUCACCAAUGCAGGAUCUGAACCUUGUUCAGUUUGUUCCUGCAGCUCCAUCAGCUGGUCAAGGCUCUGUCAUGCCUGUGGAAGGGUAUUCUGUAGCUUCCCUGCCUGUCCAGACUGAACUUCCUGCUGCAGUGUUUUACAAUGCUCCUGUCUCUCAGCCUGCAGUGGUUUCCCCACAGCCUGGAGGGGCUCAAGCUGGCAUGCCAGAAACUAGGUGGGUAGUUGCUCCCCCAACUUUUUCUGAACAAGCUGAAGCCAUGGGACCUGGGGAAUUUCUCCCACCAGCCCCUCAACCUCAGCCUGGACCUGUCCUCCAGUCUGGAGAGAGCUCCAAUAUAGUGAAGGAAGCUGAACUUGGCAACUACCAGCAGCAGACGGAAGAGUUUGGUUACCCGGCUGAGCCCGUGCAGCCUGGAGCUGCUUUCACCAGUGUGCUUGUUCCAGGCCAAGGACUUGGUGGUUUCUGGGGUUCUCCUUAUCCUGGCUUUGACUACAGGCUCCUGUAUGGUCUGUACCCUCCUGGGACCUACACCACCUUCAGCCAGAACCAUGAGAAGGGCAAAGACUACUACCAAUCCAUCCACUACUUGAAGGAGCAUGUUUCUGAAGACCAAGGUCCUCAACAACAACAGCAGCUUCAGCAGAAGCUCUACAGCUAGUAAUGCUACAGUUGAGUUGUGUUUGACGCUAGAAUAAAAUGUUUUAACACAA